ACCUCCCGACCUACGUAGAGUCCCCGCCUUCUCUCCGGCAGAGGACAGGUUGAACAUGGCGGCCUCCGUAAGAUGCUUUCUCCGCUCAGGAAAGAAUGCCGUGUCGUCUCUGGGGCUGCGCGGGAUUCACAAGAGUUCUGCGGCCGCUGCGCAGAUGAUGGUCCGCGAUGCCUUGAACCAGGCGAUGGACGAGGAGCUGGAGAGGGACGAGCGGGUGUUCCUGUUGGGGGAGGAGGUGGCCCAGUACGACGGCGCCUACAAGGUGAGCAGAGGUCUGUGGAAGAAGUACGGAGACAAGCGCAUCAUGGACACUCCGAUCACAGAGAUGGGCUUCACUGGCAUCGCAGUUGGAGCCGCCAUGGCCGGCCUGAGACCCAUCUGUGAGUUCAUGACCUUUAACUUCUCCAUGCAAGCCAUCGACCAGGUCAUCAACUCCGCCGCGAAGACCUACUACAUGUCGGCCGGCCGGCAGUCGGUGCCCAUCGUCUUCAGAGGACCCAACGGGGCGUCGGCCGGCGUCGGCGCGCAGCACUCGCAGUGCUUCGCUGCGUGGUACGCCAGCUGUCCAGGUCUGAAGGUUGUGAGUCCCUGGAGCGCAGAAGAUGCCAAAGGUCUCCUGAAGUCAGCAAUCAGAGACGACAACCCCGUGGUGUUCCUGGAGAACGAGCUGAUGUACGGCGUUCCCUUCGAGAUGUCGGAGGAGUCUCAGUCCAAAGACUUCACCAUUCCCAUCGGCAAGGCCAAGGUCGAGAGACAAGGGACUCACGUCACAUUGGCCACUCACUCUCGGUACGUCAGUUUCUGCCUCGAUGCCGCCGCCGUCCUCGCCAAGGAGGGGAUCGAGUGCGAGGUGAUCAACCUGCGGACCAUCCGCCCCCUGGAUGUGGAGUGCAUCGAGACCAGCGUGAUGAAGACCAACCACCUGGUGACGGUGGAGGGCGGCUGGCCUCAGUUUGGAGUCGGAGCUGAAAUCUGCGCCCGGAUCAUGGAAGGCCCCGCCUUCAACUACCUGGACGCUCCGGCCACCAGGGUGACGGGCGUCGACAUCCCCAUGCCGUACGCCAAGAUCCUGGAGGACAACAGCCUGCCGCAGAUCAAAGACAUCAUCUUCUCCAUCAAAAAGACCCUCAACGUCUGAGGACGAAACCCCCUCAUGAAUCCUCUUCGUCUCGCUCGCACAGCCGGUGGAAACGUCGUCCGGCAAAACAUUUGAACCUUUAUGUAAAUACAGCCAAACGGUUCCUUUAAGUUAAAAAAAAAAAAAAAAAAAAACGACGAAACUCCAGUUGUAAUGUUUUUUCGGCCAGAUGUUGGUCUAUGAGGCGCACAGAUGUUUAUGUGCACCCAGAGCGGUGGGCGCACAGGGUGCAGUCAAGUCGUCGCCUCUAUUCGUCGGUGACACCCUUGGGUGAAUUCUGUGCGUGUGUGUGUCGCUCUGGCUGCUCUCGGUUCACUUCCUCCCCUUCAAAAUAAAAGUUGCAUCUAUCCUGUAGGCUUUUCUGUUUAUCUGGGGAAAAGUUAGGCAACAACAAAACUGCUGAAGUUUGUUCCUGCGUGCUCUCAAAUUUAGACGUGCAGACUAAAUCCAAAUAUAUAUAUAUAUAUUUUUUUCCAACUCCCGUUAGUUUUGUUGUUCAUAAACUCCCAUAUAUGUAUUUCCAACCACCAAAACACAUAAUACUCAGUCUAUUAACUCCUCGCUAUGAGUCGGUCUGUCUCUAAAAGAAUGAACCAGCCCGAGUGCUGGAGGAUUGUGAUUCGGGAAUAUUUAUUGUAGCUGCAGCAGCUCGGCUGUUUUUUUUGUUGCUGUAAAUGAAUCUGUUACAGAAAUAAAAGCCUUUCACUCCUU